GUUGCCAGGACAAAUAAAUUUAAAGCAUUUCCAGGGUCCAGAGUCCACCAGCUCGCCAAUUUUUCCAAUGUGCCGGUAUCCGACAAGUUCCCUCCAUGCCAAGAAGCGCCAAAGCGUUGAUCCUUGGCGUUAAUGUGUUCAGAUCUUUGGAAUUUGAGACCACCGCUAUGACUGGAUUGGCUGGUGAGCUUAUUAUUACUUGUACUGUACAAGUAUAUGCCGCUCCAUGCAAACUGUCGGUGCUUAUGGUCGCCCGUCGUUCCGGGGCGCGGGGCCGCCAUUCGUUUGUCGGUGGAGGAUUAUUCCGCCGAUGGGAAGGGGAGGUUGAUGGGUUAUAUAUAACCAGAGCCGAGUAAAGGGAUUGGGCCGAGACCAAGUGGAGACGGAUCAUCUGCUGUAUCUUUGAAAGUGAAGCGAGUAAGGGGAGUGGGGUGGUACAACAUUUUGUGGGGGAAAAAAAAGAAAGAAAAAAUCUCCCCCCAUUUUUAUUAUUUUUUAUUUCCGUUUUAGUGUACAGCUUGAGAUAUGUCCGGACAGCAGGGACAGGCAAUGCCCUCGGGACCCCCGUACCUUCCAAAGUCAGCAGGUUACGGCGGUAGGCCAAACAAGAGCAUAGAUAUCCCUAUUUCUUCCGUAUUCAUCGCCAUAUUCCUCAUCCUCGGUGUCGCGCACAUGAGGCUGUUCAAGAUCAAUCGAAGCAGAGGCCACCUCUUCGUGUUCAGCGCCGUCACUUUUGGCUUCUGUAUGUCUAGGAUUGUUACAUUUUCCAUGCGCAUAGCUUGGGCGGCGCAUCCGAGGAAUUUGCAGGUUGCUAUCGCCGCAAGUGUGUUUAUCGCUGCGGGUGUGGUGCUACUAUUUGUCGUCAAUCUGAAUUUUACCCAGCGGUUGUUGAGAGCGUACCAUCCAGGACUCGUGGGGAAUAGAUUGUUCGACCGGGCCUUUUUGGCGUACUAUGUCUCUGUCGUGCUGGUGUUGGUAAUGGUCAUUACCACAACUGUCCAAUCUUUUAACACCCUGAGCACUCACACGCUAAAUAUCGACUUGAGUAUCCGCAAGUUCGGGAUCAUCUACUUUGCCGUUUUUGCCUUUGCCCCGAUACCAAUGCUUCUGAUCGGAAACCUCAUCCCUUCCAGCACUCCGCGUCAGAACUUUGGAAAGAGGGGAGACCUAACGGAGAAAACCUUGAUCGUCAUCCUCGCUUCCGCAAUUCUCACAUUAUCCACCGCCUUCCGCGCAGCAACAUUCUUCAUGCCCCGACCACCUACAGAUCCAGGUUGGUUCAAUAGCCGCGCGUCAUUCUAUGUGUUCACACCAUUAUUGGAGGUGGUUGUUGUCAUCCUGUACAUUGUCGCAGGGGUUGACCAGAAGUUCCAUGUUGAGGGGAAGUUUGAGCAAAAAUGGGCAGCCGAGUCCGGAGAGAAGAAUGUGGAGACGGACGAAAAGGCCUAGUGUUUGAUGGCUUUCCCGUGAUGCAGUGGAUACCGUUUUUGCUUCCUUUUAUGAGGGUGAGCGAGAGCUCUCCUCUUGUUUCAUAUCCGAGUAGAGAUUUUUGGGGCGGAUAACCCACUACGCAUAAGCAUAUAUAUAUGGUUGAUUAUAAUAAAAAUCAUUGAGCUCUA